CAAGAAUACAGUUUUUGUAGAAAACAAUGAUUAAAUCGAGGCUUCCUGACCAGCGCUUUAAAUCGAUUUGAUUUAAAUCAAAUCUACCCUGGCUGAUGUUGAGAGCUACUUGGAUGGCCUACGUUCUAGUACCUUUUCAGAAACCAUCUUACUGUAGGCAAUUUAUACAGGGUCCUAUUUUCAAAACCACUCGACAUUUGGAAGCCCAAUUUUAGAAGUGUAGGGCCUGAUUUUCUAAGUAUUUGAGUACCUAUGAUGCUUUAAGAAAUGAACAGAAUUGAAUUAAACAUCUUUACAUUGAUUAUGUGAAGUGCCAAGUAUUAGUAUUGAAAUAAAAUUCUUAUUUUGUUAUAAUAUAUACAGUGAUGUUUAAGAUGUGCUUGUAUGGUAUUCGUUGUGUAUCUGUAACACAUUAGGCUGGCAUGAUGGAACUUUUGCAAGGUUUCAAAAAAGAAGUGUCUAGUACUAAAGAAUAGCUCUAUGUAUUAUGCCCUUUGAAAAUGUAUCCUGCAAUACCUUAAAAAAUAUAUUUCUCCACAAGACGGGAAGAGGGGAUUUCUGUGGUGCCAAGGACUAUAGCCAACUGUCCAACAAGGAAUUAAAAAAAAAAUCAGGCAAAACUGAAACAACUUUUAAGGGAAAACACACAAAACUCGUUUGAUCUGGUUUUAACCAGUGGAAAGAAAAAGUUUAAUCAACUCAUGGAUCACUGGAGACCAAACACACGCACUCGUUUCAGACGGACUCUGUCCCCUCUUGGAUUUUAAGAUACAGCAUUUGCAGAGGGCCUGGAUCUAUGUCACUUCUCAACUAUAUUGACUGCCAGCGCAGCAGCAAACAGAUCAAAAGCCAACCCCCAACCCCCCCAAAAAAAUCUUGCAAGGGGCUAUAAAUCAAUACAAUCUUCGUCGGGGCUGUUUUACAAAAAAAAUGAACAUUGAGAAGUAUUUUUCAAGAACUGGAUACAAAGGCUCGUAUGACAAACAAGAUCUGGAAACCUUAACUGCAGUCUUCCAGCACCACAUCCGAGCUGUACCCUUUGAAAACCUAAGCAUCCACUGCGGGGAAACUAUUACUUUGGAGUUAGACCAAGUUUACAACAAAAUCGUGAUGAACAGGCGUGGUGGAUGGUGCAUGGAAAACAAUCAGCUGCUAAACUGGGUUCUGAAAACGCUGGGGUAUGAUACUACCAUUUUGGGGGCGUAUGUAUACAAUCCUCAACAAAACACAUAUGCUACCCGAAUGACCCACCUUCUCAUAAAGGUGGUUAUUGGUGGCAAAGCCUAUAUUGUGGAUGCAGGUUUUGGCGUGUCUGGUCAAAUGUGGCAGCCAAUGGAACUUAUUUCUGGAAAAGACCAGCCGCAGAUUCCUGGCAUCUUUCGCUUUACAGAAAACGAUGGGGUCUGGUACUAUGAGAAAAUAAGGAGGAAACAAUAUAUUCCCAAUCAACACUUCUCUGAUUCUGAUCUUCUAGAAAAAAGAGAGUGCAGGAAACUUUACUUCUUCAGUCUUGAGCCACGAACGGUGGCAGAUUUCCAGUUCCAAUGUACGUAUCUUCAGACGUCCCCAGACUCCUUGUUUACAAAGAAGUCUAUUUGCUCUAUUCAGACCACAAACGGGUUUCGGGCAUUAAUUGGAUGGACGCUCACUGAGACAACAUACAAUUACAAGGAGGACAUGGAUGUUGUGGAAUUCAUGACCCUUCAAGAGGAAGAGGUGGAGAAGACACUGGAGGAUAAAUUCAACAUAGCUCUGGAGAGAAAAUUAGUCCCAAUUAAUGACAAAGGAGCAUAUAAAAUGUAGUGUUUUGGAUGAAACGCUAUAAUGAUACAUGUUUACAGCCUUUUUCAUAAUCUAUUUAAUCAGCAUUAGAUAAAUUGCAGGAAAAUUAGUGCCAGGUGAAAGUGAGAACUUCAGUUCAAGGAAAACAGGCCCUUUAGUUUCUCAUGUCAAUUGAGAGAGGCACCUGCUCAAGUACUGUGGGAGGAAAUGCAGUCCCAGGAGAGACUGUGGAGCAGGGUGGGAAAGGGGGAAGCAGCAUUUUUUAAUAGCUUAAGCAGAUAACUGGGAGUUAGAAAUAUUGAAUCUAACACACUAUUGACCUUUAACCACUGGGAAAAUCACAAUGGCCAAAACGUAGGCAACACCAUCCCAGGUAGGACUUAAAUAAUAGCCUGAUUUUCACAGGUGCUAAGAUCUUUCUUCCAUUUCCCUACUUAUAAAGUAGGACUAAUCACAAUACAUAAGAGGAGGAAUAAUUCAUUCGUGAUGGGGGAGCACUUGAACUUCAUCAGCCCAGAGGUACCACAAACAGCAAAAUGUUACAAAGUAAAUGCCUUUAUUAUUCCUGCAAUGAACUGCACACACUGAUUAUUUAAUACAUGCAUAUGGCUCUCAUGCUAUAUAAUGGAUGAACUGUAAUAAGGUGCCUAGUCAAGCAUCACAAUUUGUCCCUGCAUUUAGACUUCGAUUGGCGCCAUCCCGUGUAGACGAGGGUGUUGCACUUUAUUUACAUUACAAAGCUAGAAUCAUGGAAAGUAAGCUAGACACAAAAGCACUUUAACUGCGCUACACCAUUAUCCUCUUCAAAGCAUCAAAUGUGGUUUUGUUCGGGAUUAUCCCACUUUCCAUCACAGACUGCCUAAGAAUCACAUGGCCAGAAACUGCAUUUUUUAAUAACAAAUCUAAGUGGGAACGUCAUCAAGGCGAUGCGUACUUGAAAGAAAACACAUGAAUCUAAGAGAGUCCCCUUCCAGCUUUAAAGCUGAGCCAAUCAGCUAUUAGAUAAAAGCGCCAAAAAGCCCCACUAAAGCGCCUGAUCUAUACAGAUGUUGGGCGAGCCGGGUCCAACUAAUGCGAUGCCUCUUCUGGGCAUGCGCAGGGUUCGGCAUGGGGGUUCAUGGAGUUUAAAGUGGAUUUUUUUAACAUUUUCAAGCAGGCUUUGUGAUUUAAAAAACACAGCUCCCUAUUUUAAAAAAAAUAUUUCCCAUGUUGGUAUGUGAAAGACAGACAAAGAUAGGGGAACCUGCCUGGAAAAAAGAAAGCAGCAAUGUGUGUGAUGGCAACAAAUUAAAAAAAAAAAAAAGACAAAUCUGUUCUGCAGUUUCUUUGACCAAUCAUAGCCCUGGGCGUUGCUUUUAACUGCAAGUUAACUAUUACAGCAAAAAGAUAUGUCUGAUUUGGGCACACAUCAUGCCUGUUGCAAAGUACAGCUGAAGUUAAAUAAUAAUAGAACUAUACUUAAAACACCUUGUAAAAGCUGAAUUCAGUUUUAUUAACACAAUCCGUAUUUUUCAGAUUAAGAUUUCACAAACAUCUGUCCUCCCUUCCCUCUUAUUAAACAAACAGUUUCUUUAUCAUAGACCGGUAGCUCCUCAAAUUAGCAAAUGUGUAUUAAGAGUUUCAAAUAAAACCAUUUGCCCUUUAACUAAGGCUCUCUCAAUCCACAGAAAACAGUACCUCCUUCGGCAGCUGGUGACGUUUCCCAUUUUCUUAUUCUCUUUGAUCUCACACAGUCUUUGACAUCCCUUUGCUUCUGAGCUUGCCUCUGUAGUCAUCUCUGGUUCUGUUCCCACCUCACCUGGCUCUUGCUUUCGACUAUAGAUCUAUUCUCCGUGGUCCACAUGUUUCAGUCCUCGACCCUGUCCCUCACUGUACCAUCUUUUAUAUCCACCAUCCCAAUGAGAUUUCACCUCCCCUUGCUCUCCUGACCCGUGACAAAUGCUACUAAGUCCCGGCAUUAGAUUAAAUGGGGGUAAGCCACUUCAUACCUGCUGAAGAUGUUUUUCUAACAAAAUAUCCCAACGUUGGUAAAUACAUUAGUGUUUUUGCUGUGAAUGUCAAAUCCAAAAAUAGUGAAUACAAGUGCUGCCGAAAGGACCAAGAAUAGCAUUGACUAAUAAAAAAACUAUAAAAGGCACCAAACGUCUGCUGCUUACAGUUUGAGAACCCUUCCUUGUGGAAAACAAAAAGGAAAAAUAUUCUAAAAAGGGCAGGCUGGCUGGCCUAAAAGUAACCUGUCUCCCCUGCUCUUCAUAGGUGGGAUUGUAUAUGGCAGUUCAUUCAACCUGUUCCAUCAGAAAUAUAGUUUCAAGCUGAAGUGUUAUUAUUAAUGAACUUGCUUCAAGACGUUUGAGGAUAAUCUACUGCAUGGGGUUGAACAGUUCUGAACAGUUUUAGCUGCAGACUGUUGCUGAAACCAAUGAGAAUGCAAGCCAUCCCUCUGCUUCCAAACUGUAUUUGGAAAUAUGAAAUCCAUUAUUUUAAUCAAGAGAAAGACAAGAUGCUUUUGCUUUAAGGCUGAGAUCUGGAUUAAAUUCCAUUAGAUUUACAUGUAACUGGGUACUCAAAUGCCAAAGACUGCUUUGCA